AUGCGGCGCGACAUCUUCAAGGUGAAGGGGCGUUCCUUUGAGCUGACCCUGGCCGUCCUGCCGCACUGCCUCCUCGCAUCCCUGCUGGUGGACUUCUUCUUCAUUGUCCUCGAGCAGCCACCGAUCAUGUCGCAGAGGUUUGCUCAGAACGUCCCGCUUCACGUACAGUACGCCAUCCUGCUUGUUCUCAUAUUCCUCUUCUGCUGGGGGGCGAAGGUGUGGGUAUUCCCGCAGGUGGCGGUGGCCGCGAUGAGCGCGCGGUCAUUUGUGUGGGAGAGCGAGGCGCUGCGCACGGAGCCGAUGGAGAUGGAGGACGGCUUGGCGCUGGAUAACAUGAAGGACCUGUCUUUCUUCAAGUCAAGAGGCGACGUGAGUGCGACGGCGCCCGUCUCGGCAGAAAGGCAGCCUCCGCGACCUAACCACCAGCACCAGCUGCCAGGUGGUGCGACGGACACGCUGUUGGUAGCCCUGCCGGCAGGUGUGGCGCUGCCACCGCCCUCGCUGCCAGAUAACCCUGUUCUUGUGUCUACCCUAAACUCCCUGUCGCUUGACCAUCGCAACGACUGCGCUGCAGAUCACGGCAGCUCUGAGAGAAGCUCCACUUCUGACUGCCCGACGCACUCCCGCCCCCCCACGCCGACUUCGCUGCACCACAACGCCUCGCUUGUGCUCUCCUCCAUCUCCGCCUCGGACAGUUGCUUUCUACGGAAGGGAGGCAUGGUGCGUCUGGCACCCGUGCGGACGCGCGGGCACUCGCCCACAUUACAGACGCAGACCAAGUCAUUCGCCACAGCCGCGGUGCUUAUCCAGGGUGGCGCCAAGGCUGCACAUCACCUUCCCAGAUGCCACCUCGCCUCGUCUGAUUGCGGAUGCAACGAGGCGCAGCCGGUGCAGUCGGCGGGCUUGACGACGUACGGCAGCACGGAGAGCACGAAGCCGGCAUUAGAGAAUUCCAAGGGUGAAGGAGGGGUAGUGCAGAUUUCGUGCUCCCCCGUGUUGGUGCACAGCGAGGACGAGUUUGGCGAGGAGGACUGGGCUAUGGAUCACCCAAUGCAGCCCAUUCGCUUUGGGGGUUUCCUCAUCAAGCCCUUCAACCCGCGCGCCGAGUACCUCUUCACUGGCCUACAGGUGGUGGCGGGAAGUAUAUCCAGUUUUGUCCACGGCGCGGUGGCUGGCGCCAAUGCCACCUCGGCCUUCAUCAUCCUCUACGAUGCCUUCACGAACCACGAGUUGCAGGAACCUGGACUCAGCUCGCAGUGGUCGAUGCUGCCGGCGAUGCUUGGCAUGGCGAUCGGCAUGUUCGGCCUCGGCGCGAGUCUCAUGAAGACGGUUGGGAUGGAGCUGGUAACCGUGACGCCGGCGCGAGGAUGGUGCAUUCAGAUCGGCAGCACCUUCGUUACGAUGGUGCUG